AUGGCGAUCAAAAUUGACGAAAAAUUGCCAGCUGCAGUGAAGCACAAAAAAGAAAGUAUCGCUGAAGAAAAACACUGUAAUGGUGACAGUCAUGUAACGCGGCAUAAACGUGCAAUGAAACGAAAGCUGCAAAAAGCCAAAACAUUCUUACCAGGACCUCAAACAGUUCUACAGAAGUGGAAGAAAAGAAAACUGAUGAACAGGAAGGCACUUCGUAUGAAGCAGAGGAGAAAACAACUGUUGAAAAAGAAGCGAUUUUUGAAAAAACUGUUAAUCACAAGAAAGCGAGCAAAAACUCAGGCUGCAAAAAUGACGGCGUUGAAAACUGCAAAAAUUGAUGCCAAAAAUCUUGCAUUACGACGUCAACAACUUCGAACACGUCGACUGUCAGCAUUGAAGGAAAAGAUGGCAAAUGAGAAGCAAAAAAAAGCAGUGUUUAGUAAACGUACCAGAAGAGUUGGAACUGUCAGAAAGUUGUUGUAUCGCAUGUAA